AUGAGCGAAGACGAAUUUGUGGUGCUGCUGGAACAUGCGGGCAUUCUGGAAACAUCAGACGAAAACGACAUGGAAUUUAUGGAGGAGACGGUACUUCGUGAAUGGCUGGAACGUGAUGGCGUCCAGCUGUUUACGACGCAGAUGACGACGGUUAAGCGUGAGCAGGGCGACGUAGACGUCAUCGUGGACGGCACAGCGUCGACUGCUCCAACCGCUACAGCAACAACAUUAGUAGGCGAGGCAAGAACGAGAAUGGCUGGACAUAUAUUGGCUCGACUAUUGAAGAGAGGAUGGAUUGCUCCAAUUGAAUUUGAUAACGCUGAGGAUGAGACGGAGGAAUGGAAAACAAAGCUAUAUACACCUCGACUGCGAACAUAUGAAGCGUAUAGGAUUUACAUUGAGAAAGACCCGACGUUGACAGCACGGGGACUGAAUCUUUGUGCCCAUGGCCUUCGUAAAGUGGGUCUGUCGACGAAUCAAGACGGAGGCGAGACGUCGACUUCCAUUGCCGUCACGGUGGCAAACGACGAUCAAAAGACGCGGUUGCGAGAGAAGCUUUGGCUGGAUUGCUUCCCGACCUGCUCAGAUAGUGCUAAGCAGACAUUUUUAUCGUUCACACGACCAGAGAUCAUCCUAUAUGCCACCUUGGGGCUCAACCUUAUCAGCAACGGAAUUAGUAGCGUGCCAGCAUUUUCGCGCGAGCUGAAGAGUAUGGGUGUAAGCAGCGCAGACGAUCGGUCUAUUAUUGUCGGGUUUCUAGCCAAGGCUUUUCCAACCGAGUAA